AUGGCUUCUUCUUCCGAUACUGGAGUAUCAGACACGUUGGACCCCAUGGCCAUUGUAUUGGACGAUGAGAUACUAUCCGAGGGAGAGGUUUACACGUCGGAUACCACAAGCACAGAUGAUGACGACCAGCCGUUUGCCCUGCCAGACGUUGCACCUUUAGCUGAUGGUCCUGUUGAUAGGGAUGAGGUUCAGCCCGCUGAUGGCAUUCUAGCUGAGGAUCUACCUCUUGCUGAGAUCCCUGCUCCUGCUCCACUUGCCGCAUUUCCCGUAGAGGAUUUGCCACUCGAUGUUAUGUCCGAUGACGACAUCGAUCUUUUCGAGGGUCCCCCUGAGGACGACCAUGAGGGUGGGGCCCCGAUUGCUGAUGAUGUCGUCAUUCCUAUUGAUCAGGCUCCUGUGGAGGAGGCUCCUUCUGAUUCACCUGGUCCAGACUUGUUCGAGUCUGUGGCGUCCGCUUCCUUGCAUGACCGGGGCGUGCAGCACUACCCGCCUGGCGCUGACUCAGACAUAGCGAUGUCAGCUGCACCUGGUUCACACCCCGAGUUUGAGUUUGAUCCUGAGUACGAGAUCGAGUUUAUUCCUUUAGACCUGCCAUUGGAGGCACCAGUGGCUCCUAUUGAUCAAGAGCCUGUUGUUGCUCAUGACCCUGUACUCAUGCACGACUCUAUUCUUGAUGAUGCUCCAGUCGUGGCACCGCCUGUUGUGGAUGCACCAGCUAUUGCACCACCUAUUGUUGAUAUUCCCAUUAUUGCACCACCAGUGGUGGAUGUUCCUAUUACUGAUGCACCCGCUCUUGCACCACCUGUUGUCGACCAUGCACCAUUUGCCACGCCUGUCGACCCUCGAUACGCUGACACCCGUAAUGGGUGGAUCGACGACGAUGAUGAUUACCCACCGUUUGUGCUACUAGUCACUCCUCCUGUAGCACCUGUUUCCGCAUCUAUUGAUGUUCCAUUUUUCCACCCACACAUCUCGGAUGUCCAUCGCACCGACCUUCCCAUUACAUUCCUCCAGGACAUUCCUCCACCAUGUCCUGGGGAGGGAUCAUUGAGGCAGCAGCCUGCCUUUGUUCCACUCGUAUCGUCAUCCGUUCCGUUCAUGUCCCAGUUCCCUCACACUACACCAUCUUUUGUACCUUCGGGCGAGCCGUUUCUGUGGGCUUCGCGCAAUGUUAUGUCGUUAUCAGACCCGUAUCACCAGUUCCAUGUUGGAUACACUAUAGAGGAAAUACUUGCAUCCCUGCAGCUACAACAGGAUGCUGUGAGUCGUCGAGUCGGGGAGUUAGAGAGGGCUCCACGUCCUCCAUGUCACUGUCAGACUCCUUUUGCCGCACCACACACUCCCCUCCCGCUACCCCCUGAUUCGGAUGUUCGUUUCCUUACACCUGAGCAGCAGAUUGCCUAUUUACUGCGCGUUAUUCAUGCCCUUGAGGAGGAUUGGGUGCACAUGCGUCGUUUGCUCUGA